UAGUUUUAACAAAAUUUAGCAAACUCACACCGGUCCAACAACAAACAGCACUAAGAAGAUGUCGCGGGGCAGUAGUGCCGGAUUUGACAGACACAUAACUAUAUUUUCUCCGGAAGGACGACUUUACCAAGUUGAAUAUGCAUUUAAAGCCAUCAACCAAGGUGGGCUCACAUCCGUAGCAGUGCGAGGUAAAGACAGUGCGGUUGUUGUUACACAGAAAAAAGUACCUGACAAGCUGCUUGAUGCUGACUCCGUCACUCAUUUGUUCCAACUGACAGAAAAUAUAGGAUGUGUGAUGACAGGAAUGGUUGCUGACAGCCGCUCACAGGUACAGAGAGCCAGGUAUGAGGCAGCAAAAUGGAAAUAUAACUAUGGUUAUGAAAUCCCUGUGGACAUGCUAUGUAAACGUAUAGGGGACAUCUCACAAGUCUACACACAAAGUGCUGAAAUGAGGCCAUUAGGAUGCAGUAUGAUUUUAUUGGGCUAUGAUGACGAGAAUGGACCACAGAUAUACAAAACUGACCCAGCUGGUUACUUCUGUGGGUACAAGGCCACAUCAGCUGGAGUUAAACAACUAGAAGCCAACAGCUUUCUGGAAAAAAAAGUCAAGAAGAAGCAGGAGUUUACAUUUAAUGAAGCAGUAGAAAUUGCAAUAACCUGCCUAUCAACUGUUUUAUCAGCUGACUUCAAGUCCUCAGAAGUUGAAGUAGGGGUUGUAACAACAGAACAUCCAAAAUUCAGGGCUUUGACAGAGGAAGAAAUAGAUGCACAUCUAGUAGCCAUAGCUGAGAAAGAUUAACAUACAUUCUACACCAGCAUCAUUUGCAUCCUAAUAGUUUUUCAUCAUGUGGAACCACUUCUCUUCAGUGAUGCCAGACAGAGAGAAAAAUCUCUUUUACGGUGUGACAUCUGUCAUUCUAUACAUCAUUUCCUGAGGUGGACAGUUUCUGACAUCAUAGUAGUGCUCCCACAAAGACAAUUGACAAAAGUGCUAUACAGUUAAUGUUCAGCUAAAAUUUAACUUUCAGUAAAAUAAUACACAAGUUUGGUACAUAUCUAUGGAAAGUUAAAUGAAUAUUUAUUGAAAUAUCAUUAAUUAAGUUCUAUGUUUCCUAAGGUACACUACAAAUAUUUCUCAAAACUUGUGUAAGAUGGUAGGUCCUAGAGAAUUCUCUGAUGGAUCAUAUAAACAGAAUUUGUAAUUUACAUGCUGUAUCAUAACUAGCUGUACAUCGUUUUCAUUUAAUGAAUGAACAGACUGUUUCUGUGGUUGAAUGAUAAAAUUAAAUGUGUCAAUUUGUA